AUGGCUACCACGCAGACAGCAACCGUCGAGGCCACGGCCACGGCCAAGGCCCCGGCCAAGACUCGCAAGCGAGCCCCCAAAGCCUGCCUGUCAUGCCGCGCGAGGAAACGAAAGUUGUGUUGUCACUGGCCGAGCGUCAAGGUUUUCGUCUCUCGUCAAUCGAUCAAGGCCCUGGGGUACCCGACCAUCCGCGCCGCCCGAGCAUCCUUCUACCGACGAGCCAAGCUCCUCUACGACCUCGAAACCGAAUCCUCACCCUUGUCCAUAGCCCAGGCCGCUUUACUCCUCACGCACUGGUCCGCACCGGCCUCGCACAGCUUCCGAAAACCGAACACACAGUGGCUCGCGAUCGCCAUCCAGAACGCCAAGACGGCAGAGGCCCAUCACUACGAUGCUGCGCCCGCCCACAUUCAGAACACGCUCAAGCGUUUGUGGUGGUGCUGCAUCACCCGCGAUAGGAUCAUGGGCCUCGGGAUCCGCCGGCCUCUCCAAAUCACACGCGCCCAUUUCGAUUUUGACAAGAACAGCAUCCUCGGAUACGCCGAUCUUUCGGAUGAGAUUGAACGCUCGCGUGUCUACAACCCGGGGACGAAACGCUGUCUCGCAGAGAUAUUGGAGCAACUGGUUGAGCUUUGCGUCGUUCUGACAGAUAUCCUGAUACUGGUGUUCCCCAUCGAUGACAGCCCUGGAUGGGGCCGCGAACUAAAGGCCGAGGAGCAAGACAAGCUUCGCGAGUACAAACUCGACUUACGCCGGUGGUACAAGAGCGCCACGCUGCGAUUCCCCAUGUUUGGCGGUGGCUCAGUCGCCCGCAUGAAUGCAGGGGGCGGUGGCAAGGAGUUCCAGCACGAUUCGGUUAUCCUGUACACCAACCUUAUGUACAUGUAUUACCAUUCGAUCCCCUCCCGCGACCUGGCCGUCAUUGGCGAGAACCGCCACGAGCUUCAGGACGCAGCUUCGGGCGUCACAGAGUGUCUGAAGGAGCUCAUCCACCUCCGCCUCGCCCGUUGGCUGCCCAUCAGCGCGGUAGCGUGUACGGCCCUGCCGCUGGUCCUCCAUAUUCUUGACGUCAAGCUCUCCUCCUCUGCACAAAGAUCAUCCGGGUCCUCAGCGAUUGACCCAAAUACGCAGUCAGCUCUGAAGCAGCACCGCCUGAACAUUCUGAUCGAAGCCAUGAAGACGUAUCAACCACAAUACGACGGCGUGGACCUGGUCUCCGAGACGAUCCGCCAUAUUGUCAACCUUGCGCAAAUCGACCCGCCCGCCGACGGUGCAAACAACCAAGCAGACGGCUCGGCCAUUUCCGACUGGACCGACAUUCUCGCGUCCCAACCAUCCUCCUACCUUCGCCUCGCACUUACCAUGGACCUCGCCCUCUCCAAGGGCCGCCUGCCCGAAGAUGGCGACUUCCCCGUCUCCCUGCGCGGCCUCUUCACAGGUGGCUUUAACGCGCUGCGCACCCUCAUCGAGCAGAAGCGCAACGAGGCAGCCGCCGCCGCCGCCGCAGCAGCAGCAAUGGCUCAGAAUCAUCUCUUCUCCCACGCGAGCGCCCUCCACGCCGUCGACUUUGACGCAGGCACUCUCCGCCCGUCCCUCUUCAAUCUUCAGCCCGGCGUCGUGACAGCCGUUCACUCCGACGAGGAUACAUCGACGACAUCGCCAGCUUCGGCGGGCGACCACUCGGUCGAGAGCACGACGGACGCGACGUCGCCCCACCAAGUCUACGAUCUCGCCAUGGACAUUGACAUGAUGGGCGGCGGCAGCGAUGGCAUGCCCUCGGACGGCAUUGCGGGUCUCGCGGCGGAGGUCAUGGCUGCGUUCCCCCUGCACGGCGUGUCGCCCAGUUCCGGGGGCGACUCUGACGGCAUGUACUUCGAUGGCUCGGAGCAGCGGGGGGAGGCGGCUAAGUGGAUGGAUGGGGCGUGGGCGGAUAUGGCGGCGGGGGAGGAGGAGAGGGCGGAUCGGGACACGGCCAGAGCUUUGCUUGAGGCGCUGAAGCAGGGCGAGGUUGGUGAUGUAGUGCUGUGA